UACAAAUGAUCCAUACUUUCUAUUCAAUCCAACACGAAAAUUUUCGUUCAGUAACUCAAUGCCCGAAGCUAAAAUUGGGGAACAUUAUAAUGCGUGCCUCUUUCCGACGAAGUUCAUUUUUCUCAUCCUGGCUUUCCGAGUGUAAAAUCUCUUUUUAAGCACCUAUCGGAGAGACGACAAGUACUUGGUUCAAAGCGAAGACAUUUUUCUCCAGACAAGAUGUUUCGAUAUCUCUCUUCAUUCUGUCUCCAGCUGGUUCUGCUCUUGGGUCAUGUCCAUUGCAAUUCAUCAGUUAGCCGUAGGUUUGAAAGAGGCUUACAUUCAAGCUAUGGCCGCCACUCGCAUAAACUCUCAGUGAAAGACCUUGCUCUUGAAUUGGCAAAGAAGCACUUGCUCAAGAUGAUCCUCAAUGAGCAGCAUGAUUUAGACAAAGCAAAAGAGAGUGUUUACAUCCUGGAAAAAGACAGGUGCACAAACCUCAAAUCUGUUGGACAACCUGUCACCCACAACACCCGUUAUCGAUACUAUGGAAACUGGAUGAAAGACCCGCUAGGAAUCAUGGGUGCCGAGACCAUAUUUACCAUGGAAAAUUAUUACGGAAGAGUGAUUCAAGCGUUUGAAAACAUGGAAAAGUUCAAGGCCGGUGUAGUUCACAAAUCUUACAAUCUGCCUUACUACUUUGAUGGAACUGGAGCAGUAGUGUAUGGACCAUACCUCUACUACAACAGAGCCAACUCCCCCUAUAUCAUUAAGUAUAAUCUUCACACACAGAGAUUGGAGGCUCAAAUAAGUGUCAGCGGGUUUAACACACGAAAGAACUACUAUGGUUGGGGAGGUUAUUCUGGAAUGGACUUAGCAGUUGAUGAGCAUGGAUUGUGGGGACUGUGGGGGAGUACUGGGAACAGCAGACGUCUUUAUGCAUCCAAAAUAGACGUGGUCAUAAACACAGUUACCCAAACUUGGAGCUUGAGAACAGAACGAAUGACUUCAAUGGGAAAUGCUUUUGUGGCCUGUGGAGUGAUUUACUGUAUUGACAGUUACAGCGGCAGAACCACCAUCAACUUUGCUUAUGACACUAAGACAAGUAAACAGUGGAAUCCCAACAUACAGUUCAUAAACCAGUAUGGUCACAACUCCAUGGUGGACUAUAACCCCAGGGAAAGAGUGCUGUAUGCUUGGGACUACAGGCGUCUCGUUACCUACCCUCUCACCUUUGAGGAAAAAUAGAUUCAUGCAAGAUCUAAAAGAGAACAAACCCAAGCAAUAGAUGUGAAACUUCAAGAU